CAGUGGUCAGUUGCGUUGCUUGUUGCUAAGCAACGAGCAAUAUUAUACGUGCUACACAGCAACGAAGCGGUUUGUUUCUGGUCGUUAACGCUGCUGUUAAAAUGUUCAACGAUGAAGAAAAGCAGUGAAAGCCUGCUUGAAAUAGCACAACGACUCUGCAAAGAGAAAAAGCAGUUACCAGCUGCAACUGAAUCAAAAGAAUCCUCCCUUUUGUUCAUGGGAAAUAAAGGAGUGGGAAAAACAUCAUUAAUAUACCGAUUUCUUGACAGAAAUGAAACUGCAAAACCAACAUUGGCACUUGAAUAUGCUUAUGGGCGGAAAUCGGGGAAAAGCUUGGUAAAGGAUGUCUGCCACAUCUGGGAACUGGGUGGUGGAACUCUUUUUUCAGGACUUCUUCAGGCACCUCUUGCAUCUUGCCAAUCUCAUGGCUUAAAAAAUUUGACAGUAGUGCUCAUGCUUGAUUUGUCAUUACCAAAACAACUUUGGCUGACACUUGAAACACUUAUCCAAGGCCUGUUGUCUGCCUUAAGAAGACAAACAGGCAGUCACCUUCAGGAGCUCCAGGAAGAAGCUUGGCUUCGAGUCGGGAAAGACCACCAGGACAAAGAAUACCUUGACCCAUUUCCAGUGCAGCUUGUGAUUCUUGGUGGGAAAUAUGACCUGUUCCAGGAGUUUGAUCCUGAAAAGAAGAAGAUCGUGUGUCGUUCUCUUCGAUAUGUGGCUCAUACUCUUGGAGCAACAUUGCUGUUCUACAGUCAUCGUGAUACAGGCCUUGUAAAGAAAGCAAAAGAUGUACUGAACCAUCAUGCAUUCGGUGCCCUGCCAGUAAAAGGCAUUUCACAAGAUUAUAAUAACCCAUUAUUGAUACCUGCUGGAUCAGAUUCAAUGGAGCAAAUAGGAAGAGGGUUUGGCUCAUUCCCUCAGAAAGGAGCUGGUUCUGCUCUGGAGAGAUGGAAACACAGCUUCACAACUCACUUUCCACAGGAGGCAGAAACUAAUGCUAUUCCAGAUGAUCCUGCCAAGGAUCUCAACUUUCGUGAACCAUUGAUAGAUUCGUUAAGGGCACAGAAAGAUGAAGAGCUUGAACGAUACCGCCAGGAAGCUGAGAAAAGACAACAACACCAACAAAACUAAUAACAAAGCAUGUGCAGUUGAAGACAGAAUUACAGGCUGGGUGCAUGAGUGAAGUAGCUCCAGGUGGUUCUGAGAUGAGAUAAUAUGCUCUCUUAGCUGCAUCAGUAUUGCUCUUUCAAGCUUUAUUGGAUUUCAAUCCAGUAUGAUCCCAUGGAAAAAGUAAUAAGAUGUGUGCUGGUUCAAAAAAUUAACACUGUUCAUCAUACUACUAAGAUUAUAAAGCAUGAGGAAAGUAGGUACAGGUAAAAUGUGUAUGAAUAUAUGCCCACAGAGAUUAAAGAGGAAAAAUUGUAGUUGAUAUUGAAAAUUAAAACUAAUUGUAUAAAAGAAAAGUUGAAGGUAGAUAAAUUCACAGUGACACAGUGGGGCGGCCAGUACUUACUUUCAGCAGAUGCAUCUCAGUAUAACCUGCACAAAAUAAGUAAAAAUAGUUCUCCAACCUUCACAGUGUACUCAUUGUGAGUCUUAACCUGUUUUCUGAAUGACAUGCCACCCUCCCACCCUUUCCAAUCAUUCCCAGUGAGUUCUUCUUUCCUCUACUGAAGAAGGAACUCAUGAUACAGAACUAAGAGUACCGUUUCAAUUCAUUUUUUUGUGGUUUUGUUGUAUGUUAGGAGUUGUACCUCUUGAAAAUAACUACUGUUGAGGCCAUCCGUCUUUUUAUUAAGUUAAAAUUGUCACGCAUAGAUGAAAUAGAGAUUUGUAAUUCAUUAAUCAGUGCAGUGCAUGAAUGUUUUAUGUCACUUCCUGCUCUACUUAAAUUUCAGCAGAAAGAUGUAACUUUUUUUAUCAAAAAUCAUUCUGUAUCACAAAAGUCAAAAUGAAAUAAAACCACAGUUAAAAACAUAUGAAACAUUCGUAUAUUAUAACCCAGAACUAAAAAUAUUAAACCUUCCAGUAUUACGUGAAUGUAAAAAUGCAUAUACUCACAAUAAGACACCAGAAGUUGUCUGAUAGAUACAAGACAA